CCGGCCUUCACCCUCCUCAAUGCGCCCUUGAAGAGACGCGAAGCAACAUGUGGGGACUGGACAGGUUAUCGCAGUACUCGACGCCCGCGGGCACGCCACCCCCGCGACGGGACUCGUACUCGCCCGCUCGAAGGGGUUAUCCAGGGCCGGGCCCACUGCCCAUGAGACCUGGUUUGCAGCCUCGAACGUCAUCCUUAUCACUCGUCUCACCGGGCGCUUCGAACAUGAGUUUGCCAUCAACGGCACGCGGACCAAAUGGUGCACAACUGCGCCGCCGCCCCACGGGCGGCAUCUCCCCCAACGUUGCCGAUCCAAUGCAGGUGCUGGCAUCUAUCAUGGGAGGACCGCCGAGGAAGCCCAUCAGCACAAAUGGCAAUGGUGAGAUUAUACAGCAUAAACCAGACGAUCUGGAUGCGGAGAUCGACUUUGGGGAGCUUAGCCUCCAUGAAUUCGCAGAGGCCGUCGUUCAACAGGACACGUCUGUACAUACAUAUAGCGCACAAUCAGUUGAAGAAUAUGACAAGGAGAGAGACAAGUUCGAGGACCUGCACCGGUCUAUCAUCGCGUGUGACGAAGUGUUGAAGUCUGUGGAAACGUACCUUACAAACUUCCAGGCAGACCUUGAGGCCGUCUCCGCUGAGAUAGAGUCUCUGCAGAAUCGUUCGGUAGCUCUGAAUACGAAGCUCGAGAACAGGAAGACGGUCGAGAAGUUGCUAGGCCCUGCAGUUGAGGAUAUCAGCAUAUCGCCAGCUAUUGUGCGCAAGAUUGCGGAAGGACCGGUCGACGAGGCCUUCGUUCGUGCUCUAGCAGACAUUGAGAAACGCUCCAAGAUCGUCAACGCCAAAUCCAAGGAGCAGCCUGACUUGGGAGCUCUCUCCGACAUCAAACCUCUGCUUGACAAUCUCACAAACCGUGCUGUUGAACGGAUACGGGAUUAUAUUGUCGCACAGAUCAAAGCCAUACGUUCGCCCUCCAUCAACGCACAAAUCAUACAGCAACAGGCCUUUCUGAAGUACAAGGAACUGUACGCUUUCCUUUCAAGACAUCAGCCUGAGUUGGCCCAACAGAUCAGCCAGGCAUACAUCUUCACGAUGCGCUGGUAUUACCUGAACCAUUUCACGCGGUAUCGAACUUCCCUUGAAAAGCUCAAGGUGCACGCAUUGGACAAGUACGACGUUCUCGGCGAGGAUCCCAACACCAAGCGAGGUGGCACGCUACUUGGUCAGGCACGCAACGCGCCUUCCACGUACGACGCGUUCUCACUGGGGCGACGUCGAGAUGCGUUGAAAAGCUCGUCUACAAAUGCGCUCACAUCUCAUGUUGCGGAAGAAGAGAAGUCAGCGCACUACCUUGAAGUCCCCUUUCGAAGUUUCAACCUCGCACUGAUAGACAACGCGUCAUUCGAGUAUACCUUCCUUUCGACCUACUUUGCGCCCUCACAAAACUUCCAUGCAAUCUCGCGCACCUUUACCGCAAUAUUCGAACCCACAUUAGCAAUGAGCCAAACUCUGACGAAGCAGCUGGUUGAGACGACAACAGACACUCUAGGGAUACUGCUCUGUGUGCGACUGAACCAGCAUUUUGCAUUCGAGCUGCAAAGAAGGAAGGUGCCAUCAUUGGACGGCUACAUCAAUGCCACAAACAUGCUUCUUUGGCCACGUUUCCAGCAGAUCCUCGACAUGCAUUGUACGUCGUUGCAGAAACUCACCGCAUCUUUACCAAACCGCCCAAGUACUGGCGCAGCACUGCUUGGUGGAAGUUCUGCUAGCGGAAAUACCACAGCACCGACUCCGCUUACGCAAAGGUUUGCCAACUUACUGCACGGCAUAUUGGCGCUCUCAUCAGAAGCGGGAGACGAUGAACCAGUCAGCGUUUCCGUGGGCAGACUAAGAAGCGAGUAUGAAGCAUAUCUCAACAAGUUUAGCAAAGCCAUUAGCGACGCAAGGAAAAAGGAGAGAUUUUUGUCCAACAACUACAGUCUUGUAUGUACAAUAUUGGCGGACGUAGAGGGGCGAUUGGGAGACGAGACCAAAGCGCACUUUGAGAAACUGCGAGACGCUCAUGAUAAGUAGCAGUCGCUUCAGCCAGAAUUGUGGGAUGGUUCACUCUGAAUCAACCCUGUUGGUCGUCUGUGCAUACAAGAACUUCCCACUCUACCUCUAUGGUUAAAGUCGACGCUAAACUAGACUACAGCUCUGAUUUUCCCCGUGCGCCUUCUACCUUGAGGAUGUAA